GCCUCCCUUCUUCCUCCUGCCCGUAGUAGCCAUGGCGGCCAUGAGUUUGUUGCGGCGGGUUUCGGUUACUGCGGUGGCAGCUCUGUCUGGCCGCCCCCUUGGCACUCGCCUCGGAUUUGGGGGCUUCCUCACUCGUGGCUUUCCGAAGGCUGCUGGUCAAGCUGAACUAGCAGAAAUUCCAGAAGGCUAUGUCCCAGAACACUGGGAAUAUUAUAAGCAUCCCAUAUCGAGAUGGAUUGCCCGUAAUUUCUAUGAUAGUCCUGAAAAGAUAUAUGAAAGAACAAUGGCCGUCCUUCAGAUUGAAGCUGAAAAGGCUGAAUUACGGGUAAAGGAGCUGGAAGUACGAAAAUUGAUGCAUGUGAGAGGAGAUGGACCCUGGUAUUACUAUGAGACAAUUGACAAGGAACUUAUUGAUCAUUCUCCGAAAGCAACUCCUGACAAUUAAGCAUUUUUUUCUCCAAAUACAAAGUAUAUUCUCUUUAUUGGAAAAUAAAUUAAUAAAUAUAUUCUGUAUUUUUGCUCUCCGUGAAAAACAAAAGCGCUUCUGACAUUACUGUCUCUCAGUGUUGGUUCAGAUUGAGGCUUUUGUUUGAGGAGUUUGGCUUCCAGUCCCCAAAGAAGGUUUAAAAUGUACUAAUAAAAACUGGAGAAAUAGGAAUUUGUGAACUCCUAAAAUUGUAGCAACUUCGAAAGGUUAGUGUUUUAUUUACCUGACAAAUGGAAGUUAUAGAAGUCUAAUAAUGUUAAGCACCAGUAGUUAUAGUAUUUUGUACAAAUGCCUGUACUGUAGAUGUCUGUAUUAUUGAGGGGCAACUCAGGAUUUUAAGUUCCAUAAAGUAUUGAACCAACUCUAAAAUGUUAACUCCUUAAUAAACAGAUUCUCAGUAAACAAAUUUUAAAGUUUAUAA